AUGACAAUAAAAUCAAAAUUGGAUGAAAUAUAUUACAGUGUAAUUGACUCUAAAUUUUAUCGACUAAUAAAUGAUUUCGAUAAACAUAUAUCAAGAAAUUUAAGAAAUGACUUGAUAGAAAUGAGACCUGCUAGUACAAAUGGCCUUUGGUGCUGUUUACUCCUGCCUACAAUUUUGCUCCUGUAUUCCAUACAGUAUAAAGUUUCCCUACUAUACAACUUGGGGACAUGCAUAGCCAUUGGAUAUUUAUUCUAUUGUCUAUUAUUUAUUGUUUUCAUGAGUGUAUCAUGUUUAGUGUUAAAAGAAAAUUUUUAUGGUGGAUGUUGGGCAUCUGGUACUGUGUCAACGUUAUUAAUGUACACAUUUUUGGAUCAAGGAUUAAUGUUUUCUUUCAUAUAUUCUAUGACAGCAGUACUAAUGUUCAAUGAAUUAUUGAAACUUACACUGACACGGUUCCCAAAAACAUUUACUAUCGGAGAGGCUAUGGUUGUUGUACAAAGUAUAAUGCUAUUUUUAAUAAUGACUUUUACAAGGUUGUACUAUUACGAUAGUGGGGAUAGAAGUGACAAAGAGAUGGACUUUGUUUUUAAUGUUGUUAUGACAGUAUUAUCAUCAGUGGGAAUUAUUGUUACAGCGUUAAUUUUAAUGGAAGAUGAACAGAGAACAUUACAAACGUUAUGUUACGUAACAAGUGUUACCGGAGUCUAUGCACUUGUAAUGCUGCAUGGCUUUGUAGGAAUUGAUUGCUUAAUUACAAUUACAAGUUAUAUAGUACUGAAUAUAACAAGACUGCAAUUAUUUUUCUUCUGGGCAAGCUUGGCAGGCUUAGCUGCAUUAGCUAUAAUGAAGCGUAUGCAAUUAGCGGUAAAAGCGAACACGGCAACGAGGAAGGUCUUCCAUAUACUAGCAUCUGCGGUAUUUUUGUCAGGAAUCAUUAUUGAUAUACAUUUUAUGACACUCGCUGCUGGAUGUGGACUCGGAGUUAUUAUAUUAGUGGAGGCAUUACGUAAAGCAGAUGUUCAGCAUGUAACACCUGUUUUGGAAGAAGCAUUUAAAAUCUACAGUGAUAAACAGGAUACAGGUUACUUCGCGAUGACACCGAUAUAUUUAUAUGUAGGACUGGCAUGCCCGUUAGUAUUAGUACCGGUGCACAAAGGGUACGAGUUGGAGUUACUCAGCGGAGUCCUAUCCCUCGGUAUAGGAGACACCGCUGCCAGUUGGUUCGGAUCCAAAUACGGCUUUAAUAAGUGGUCUGGUGGUGUCAAAACAUUCGAGGGUACUAUAUUUAAUAUUUUAUCACAAAUAAUGACAGUGUACCUUCUGGAGUUAUUUGGACUAUUAUACGUGGACAACGCGCUGUUACGGAUUAUAAUAGCUGCAAUAAUAACGGGCUUGGUCGAGGCAAGAACUAAACAAAUAGACAACUUAAUUCUACCACUAUUUAGUAUAAUCUCGUUCCAAAUGGUAAAUAUAAUAUGUGUGUUGGUCCAAUAG